AUCGUCUGCAGAUCUUUUCUUCUCCCAGCUGAUUUUUGUUGAUAUCCGAGCGAUUCUGCUCUCCGCCGAAAUGGCCGUGUGAACUGCAGCCUGUAGACAGCGCGCAAACUCCUCAGUGCAUCAACAUAGUGCACUGGCUCAGUACAUUUAUAUCAAAAUGGCGUCCUUUGUGGCAACUCUGAUCUUUGCUGUACCUGACAGCACGAAAUUAUUCGAAUUCUCAGUAGAAGACUCGUUGAUUCCACUUGAAAUAGACAGCCAUGUCUUUGAUGAACUCACGGUUUGGCCAGGACGAUAUGGAGGUCCUUUUUUGGGACCCAUCAUCACCGAUGGCUGACCCUCUGGGGUCUCUCCUAGAUAAAGAUGAGGAGGUUCUUCCUCUCGGAGGCGCUGAAUCGCCCCUCUCAUCUUUCUCUUCCUCUCCACUUCCCUCUCUCUCACCACCCUGCUCUCCUCCCUCCAUUCAGAGGGGGGAGAAGGCUGGGCUCAAUCAGCUGUCCCUGUCCUGGUUCCCCUCAGAUGAGCUGUGCCUAGAUAAUCAUGGUGCAGACAGUGGCAAAGAUCAUUCGUUCAGUGAAAUGGAUUGGAUGACGGAGCGAAUUGAUUUGAGUGAGUUUGAUCUGGAGUCUUUCAUUGGCUCCUAUGAUUCUGAGGAUCCACCCAGCUCUCCUGAGGAGCUCAUCGCUUCUCUGGAGUCACAGAUAGACCUGGAGUCCCAGUCUGUAGCUUCUGACAAUACGCCUUCACCCUCUCUAAUAGUGUCUGUCCCUGAAAUCAAUCAACUUUCCAACCUUUCAUUUACUUUGAAUACUCCAGUUCCUACUCCUUUCACUCCCUCAUCACCUUGUGAAUUGUCAGAUUCCUCCUCUGUUGUCCCUGAGCCCCAGGCUGAGUUUGAGAUAAAGUCUGAACCGGCCUCCCCAGUCCCAUCACCUUCCAUCCUUCCACCCGAGUCCCCUACUGAUACUCUUGAGCUUGGUUGCGAGGUGGACAUAGCUGAAGUGCAGAGUCCAUCCCCUGUCGAGAUGCGGGUGCCCAAAAUUGUCCUGUCCCUCUCCCCAACCCGCAUCGUUCUUGUACUUUCUCCCAAAGAGGAGGUUAGUGCGAUGGUUACCCAUCCAGGUGAGGUGGUUGUGGAGAAUUCCCCAAGUCCAACUUCCCCUGACCCACAAAUCCCAACCUCUCCCCAGUCUUGGUCUUCUAGGAUGAAGCCCUACCCCACACCUGAUUCUAAGCCCACCCAAAAUCAGCAGUCAGAGUCGCCUACCCUCGCAGGAAGAGUGAAGUCAGUCAGUGGCUCAAAGGUUGUGGUUGAGAAGAAAAAGCUGAAGAAAAUGGAGCAGAACAAGACUGCGGCGACCCGCUACAGACAGAAAAAGCGUGCAGAGCAAGAGGCCCUCCAGUCAGAAUGUACAGUCCUUGAGGAGCGGAAUCAAGAGCUGGUGGAAAAAGCAGAGUCCAUAGCUAAAGAGAUCCAAUACCUGAAAGAGCUAAUGGAAGAAGUCAAGAGGGCAAGAGAGAGCAAAAGUGUGAGGUCAUAGAAUAAAAUGGACACAGAGGCUUGAAGCUGAGAGAAAUGGACGGUUUCAGCAUAGCCUGAAGUGCAGAAUACUAGGAAUGUUGGUUCUAAAAGAAAGUAUUUUAUGAAGUUUUGAUUCUUCCCCAGUGUCUAAGUAGAAAUGUAUCAUUUUAGCAUAGUACUAGUGUAUUUUUUUAUUUUUUUUAUCUUGUGUAUCUGUUUGUAUGCACAGUAUUAUAUAUAGAAGUGCAUUGUCGAUUGAUGAUCUUUGUCUGUCUUGAAUUUUUCCAACUGAAAUUGUGCUGUACAAAUGCUUAAUAUUUAAACUUCUACUACUGUCUUUCUUCAGAUGAUGUGCAUUUAUUAAAUUCUGUAUAGUACUCAAUAGUUUGUCGUAAUAUGGGCCUUUCACUGCUUAUCAGAUAGCUUGAUGUUUUUUAAAUAAACAUUUGAAAACACA